UACUCAAAUUGAUGAGACUUUCAAACUAAUCAAGCCUGAAGUUGAUGAAAUAAUAAAGCAAAAGCAAAAAGAAGAAUAUAAAGGACAAUUGACCCAAAUUAAUGAAGCAAAAUCAACAUAUCUAGGACUACA